AUGUUGUCUGUUCCUGACCAUUUUAUUCGCACUACUCGGUUUUUUUUGGAAUUGUCACCACCGGUGUGGGAGGACGGCUGGGCCGAGAUUCAUUGUUCUCCGAUCGUGAAAAAUUUCGGUCGCUUAGACUUCAUGACAGUUGCGUGCUGUGGCAACAUAACGGUGCAAUUGCAAACCAGGUUAACUGCAUCAAAAAGCCCUUUACGCAGUAUCAGCACUGCAACUGUGUUGUCUCAAUCCACAGGCAUUGAUGACUUCACCAGUGGUGCUUUGACUAUCACUCCAGUAGCUGAUCUGUUGAAAAAGAAGCAGAAUGGGGAGUUCUAUACACCUGCUGAAAUUGUGGCCAUUGAAGGCUCUUUUGGAUGGAUGUACAUCUCAUGCAUGUCACCAGGAUGUAACAGAAAGCUUUCUGGACAAUUAGGUGAUCUGAUUUGUACACACUGUGAUAAGAAGUAUCAAGAGGGCAUGGCAAGGUAUCAGGUCAAAGUUAUUGUUCUAGAUAAAGGUCUACGAGAUGCUCCAUUCCUUUUAUGGGAUAGAGAGUGUUCUGAAUUAGUUGGUAUCCCAGCACACAGUUUGUACACGAAGUAUAAUAAGGUUCCUGACAUUCCAAGAGAAUUGGAAUCCUUAGUUGGUCUAAGAAUGAUAUUUAAGAUAUCAUUAAAAAUGGAGUUCAUGAAGAGAGCUAAUUCAGCCUACACUGUGAUGAGAGUUCUAAGGGAUGAAGUCUUAGUGUCAGCAUACUGUUCUAAACUUAUUGAAGACCAAGAGAAGGACUUGAUGACAAAAAUGAUAGAUGAGGAUGGGGAUGAAGAUGAGGAAUCUGAUCAGGAGGCUUCUAAUGGAGACAAUGAGGUCAACAGUCCAUUAAGUAUACAGCAGUCUCAAAGUCUAGACAUUGAACCUGAAGAUCCUAAUGGUGUCAAGAGAUCGCUUCUGGAUCAAUUCUCCUCUUCUAGGAAGAAGGGAAAAAAAU